AUGCAAAAGGCAAUGAAAAGCGCAGAAUAUAUAAAAGCUAACAAUGACUGGUUAGAUGCCCAAGCCAACGCCAAAGCAGCCCAACUUAUAGGGUCAAUAAGGACAAAAAUACAAGCGGAUGAAGACAGUUCAAAUGAAGCUUUAACAAAUGCUGACUUUAAGAACGCCUUCGAAGCUCUUCAUAGUAAGGUGAAACUAGUGAACGACUUCUCAUCUGGAAAGAAACUGAAGUCUGAAGGUUUCGACAAAGAGUUAAGAGAAGUAGCACAAAAUAUGACGAAAAUAACAGAUGCAGCAACGAGACAGGCAGUUCAAAGUGCCUAUGACGCCGUUAGAGCAACUGUUGUGGAAAGUCAAGAAAAAGAGUUACAACAGACCAAAACAGACCUAGUAAAUGCUUUCUUAAAAACGAAAAGUCAGGUAGGACACUAUGCUGCAGAUGGAACAUAUGUGCCAGCUGGUGGAACUUAUAUACCAGCUGGUGGAACUUAUAUACUAGCUAGUGGAACUUAUAUACCACCAAACCCUCCAAGAGAAGCACCUGCACCAGGACUACCUAAAACAUUUACAUCGUCACAUGGACACAGACACAGGCAUGCACCAAAACCAACACAACAACCAACAGUUCAAAAUCCAGCACCACAACAACAACCAAAACCAACAGUUCAAAACCCUGCACAACAACCAACAGUUCAAAACCCUGCACAACAACCAACAGUUCAAAACCCUGCACAGCAACAACAACCAGCACAGCAACCAACAGUUCAAAACCCAGCACAACAACAACAACAAACAGAGCAAGGACAUAAAAGAAGUAGAGAACAAGGAAACCAAGAUUUCUUAAAAAUGCUUAAAGAAGACUAUGGUUACCCAGCUACUCUUGACUUUAGUGACAGAUAUAAAGAAGCUAUUAGAAAGUUCAAGGAAGGAAAUACUGACCCGAACCUAUUUAGCUUUAUGGCUCAGCACCAAAUGGGAUAUAAUUUCAAACCUGGAAAAUACAAGCUCGCUAAGGGAUAUGAUUUAAUAGCAUAUCAUCCAAAUGACAUGAACGAAUUUACUCCGAGAUAUUUGGUGUCAGAGCUAAAUGACAAUUCAACUCUCUUCAUGAAACGCGUAAAAAAUAGAGACGGAACGAAAGAAGAAAGGUUUAUGAGUCCGGAUGACUUAGAUAGGGAACUUGUUAAAAACGGUCUCGGAAUAUAUGAAAUGCCAGCAGAUGAGGUACAAGAAACUCCACAGGAAGAAGUUCAGAUACAACCAGACAUGGAAGAAAUAGUUCAGCAACAACAGCUAGAAGAGCCUGAAGGAAACGAACAAGUUCCUCCUUUGGAAACUAACUUCACAGAACUAGAUGAAGAUUUGGAACAGCCGAAAAAUCUUGACCCUCAACAAGACUAUGAGGUGAAUAUGGAAUCUUUCCAAGAGUCUAAGAAAAAUUCGGCUGACAUGGUAGAAGAAUAUCGAAAAAUGUUUGCCGACAUACAAAAGACUCCAACACCAGAUGAAAAUAUUCAGCAUAGAAUGGAAGUACUGAAAGAAAAUGUACGCAAAUACAAUAACCCUUUUUACUUACGACCAUAUAACGUUCAAUCUUU